AUGUCUUACUGGCAAAAUACAUCGCCCUUUAACGAGGGAGCUGGCGGCUAUUACCAUCAACAGCCCCCCCAGCCGCAAUACCAGCAACCAUACCAACAACCUCCAUAUCAACAGCCGUAUCAACAGCCACCGUACCAGCAGCUGCCCUACCAGCAACCACCUUACCAGCAACCGCCAUACCCCCAGAAUCUCACACCGCAGCCCCAGUACCCGAAUCCCGCACCCUCUCCAACGCCUAGCUACAACCAACCACCACCUCUAUCUCCACGUCCUCCGUCCCAGCAACCACCCUACUAUCCCCAAGAGCCGCCGCGGGCACCGCCGUCACCUUACCCCGCGAACAACGGAACCAGUGGGAACAACCGUCCCACCCCUCCACCACCACCACAGAGCAGUCAGAGCUUCGGUCAUGGUGCACCAUCCUCCUACCGCUUUAAAUACUCGAACUGCUCUGGCCGACGGAGAGCUCUUCUCGUCGGCAUUAACUACUUUGGCCAAGGCAGGCCGUUAAAAGGGUGUAUUAAUGAUGUCGCACGCAUGUCUACAUUUUUGAACCAGCGCUAUGGCUACCGGCGCGAGGACAUGGUGAUUCUUACAGAUGACCAAGCGAAUCCAAUGAGCUAUCCAACAAAGGCAAAUAUGAUCCGUGCCAUGCAGUGGUUGGUUUCGGGCGCACAACCAAAUGAUUCGCUGUUUUUCCACUUUUCAGGUCACGGCGGCCGUACCCGCGAUCUAGACGGUGAUGAAGACGAUGGUUUUGAUGAAGUGAUUUACCCCGUCGACUUCCAAACUGCUGGCCAUAUAGUUGACGAUGAUAUGCACGCUAUCAUGGUCCGUCCCCUACAACCUGGAGUCCGACUUACUGCCAUCUUCGACUCUUGCCACUCGGGCACUGCCUUGGAUCUCCCUUUCGUAUACUCUACACAGGGUGUCCUGAAAGAGCCGAAUCUCGCUAAAGAAACAGCCUUGGAUCUCCUGAGUGCCUUCAAAAGCUACGAGAGCGGCGACAUCCGUGGGGUCGCCAACACCACCAUCGGCUUAUUCAAGAAACUUACCAUUGGCGACUCAGCUCGGCAGAAAACACUUAGAACCAAGACCUCACCUGCAGACGUGGUCAUGCUUUCCGGCUCAAAGGAUACGCAGACAUCUGCGGACACGGUUGAAGGCGGCUCUGCGCAGGGCGCAAUGAGCUGGGCAUUCCAAGAGGCGUUGAGGAAGAACCCGAAGCAAAGCUAUAUCCAGCUUCUAAACAGCAUACGCGCUGAGCUGAGUGGGAAGUAUUCGCAGAAACCGCAGUUGAGCUGCAGCCAUCCGCUGGGUAAGUUACUGUCCAGCUUUCGUUUGAACCCUGGUUGA